AUGGGCAAGUACUGGUUCAAACCAGGCAGGCCUCUCCGCCGGGGUAUAGCAACGGUUUGCCUUGCAGCCUUCUUGUUCUUUGGAUAUGAUCAAGGUGUCUUUGGCGGCAUUCUGCAGAUGGAGGACUGGCUCGAACAGUUCAACAGUCCUAACGACACCAACACAGGCGCAAUCGUCUCAUCAUACUGCCUGGGUGCUCUGGGAGGCUGCAUUCUGAACUUUUUCACGGGCGAUCGACUUGGUCGGCGCAAGUCGAUGUGGCUUGCCAUGGGGUUUGUCCUUGUUGGUGCGACUCUGCAGGCUUCGUCUUACACUGUGGCGCAUCUCGUUGUUGGUAGGGUCAUUACUGGCUUUGGAACUGGUAUCGACAGCUCGACUGUGCCAACAUAUCAGUCUGAGCUCUGCCGCGCUGAGAAACGCGGACGAUUGGUAUCUUGGGAGGUAAUGUUCAUUGGCAUUGGCAUUUCGUUUUCAUACUGGCUCGACUUUGGAAUGUCCUACGUCAAAGGACCCGUUUCAUGGCGCUUCCCAAUUGCGUUCCAGAUGGUCUUCGCGUUCGUUGUCAUCGCACUGAUAUUUGGCCUUCCUGAAUCACCGAGAUGGCUGUUCAAGCACGGUCGCGACCAAGAGGCUAUCGAAGUCCUGUGUGAGGUGUUCGACCUACCAGAGUCCGACGAGUACAUCCAGCACGAGAUCAACGCCAUUAGACAUGCAUUGGCGCAGGAAUCAACAGUAAAGAGUAACCGUGCGCUGUUCAAGAGCGACAAGCUUCACACGCGCCGGCGUGUCCUGUUGGCACAUUUCGGCCUGUUCAUGAAUCAGAUGGUCGGACCAAACCUCAUCGUCUACUACAUCCCAACAGUCCUAGUCGAUAAUGUCGGCCUCGAACCCCGAAUGGCACAGAUCCUCGGUGGCUGCGUCCAGCUGAUGUUUGUUAUCGGCAAUUUUGGACCUGCAUUGGCGCUCGAUCGCAUGGGCAGGCGCAAGACCAUGAUCUGGGGCUGUCUCGGACUCGGUAUUUGUAUGACUUUUGCGGCUGGUCUGCUUGCUGUUGAAAAGCCCGGGCCGAGUUCAGCGGCUGUGGCUUUCUUCUUCUUAUGGAUGCUGAUCUUCGGCGGCACGAUCAACGUCGUCCCAUGGGUCUACGGCCCAGAAAUCCUCCCACUCGAAGCACGAACCCGUGGUGUGUCCAUCUCGGUCUCCGCUCACUGGAUGUGGAACUUCUUCGUUGUCAUGAUGUCGCCCAUCUUCAUCAACCGCCUCAAAUGGGGCACGUACCUGUUCUUCGCGGUACUGUCCUACAGCUUCAUCUUCGUUGUUUGGAAGUUCUACCCGGAGACGAGCAAUUAUAGUUUGGAGGAGAUUGAUUCGCUCUUUUACAAGGAGUCCGACGAGAACCUCCCAGAUUCUGUCGCGGAGGACACAAAGAAGGGCCAUACGACACGUGCCAGCCACAUUCGCGAUGACUCGCCGGACACGCUUACUGGCGACAACAAUCAUGGUGAUGGCACGCGGAAGCGUAUGGGUGAGAAGGAUGGGAAUAAGGUGCUCGACAUCCGCGCGACGCUGGUCUUUGAGCGUGUUCAUCGCUUCUACCAGACCUUCAACAUCAUCGCUACCCUCCUCGGAAGCCUUGCUCUCGCAGUCCUGACUUUCGACGACUUCCAUAUCCAGCAUGGCCAACCGCUGAUGGAAGCGAGCGCGGGGCUCCUAACGUCCUCGGCGCUCACGGCUGUGGUUGCGGUCAUGAUCGCCACGAUGCUGCUGUUCAAGUUCGAAGGGCACGAGCAUCCGACGCGAAGGGAGCUGGCCAUUGCUUGGAUCCCGCUUGUGCUGGUAGACCUGGUGAUCGUGGAGUUUCUGUUCGGGAUGACGUUGUGGUAUGCAGCACGGUCGGCAGUGUGGAGGGCAUCGCUCAUGGGUGGGCAGCUUGUGGUGCUGUUGGUUUUGUCGAUUGUGUUGGCCAUAUGGAUGUGGAAUUCGAUGAAGGAGAAGGGUGGGCUGGGGGAGGAAGAGAGGAAGUUGACUCGGCAGACGGUGAGGGUUGCUGAUAAGUGA